CAUCACAUUGAUGAUCUUUCGAUUGUUGGUAGUAUCCUCAGUAAAGACCAUCGAAUGGUUCAUGGUCGUACUAUGUCACGAACUUGCAGACUCGACGACUCUUCAACCAGGGUCAUGAAGUAUUUUGUUACCAACCGGAAAUAUGGUACUCUUCAUGAAAUCUCAGCCAUCUUCACUCCGGUGUUAUUUGCAGGAUGAAUCUUUGAUUCCGAAUUUCGGCCUCAGAUCUUAGAAAGUCUAUGAACCGUCAGCUGUGUGCAAGGCAUGAGACGAACAUUACGCGGCUUUUUUAAGGGAGAAAGUCAUGCAGUUAGCUCCUCAACUGCUCAAAAGGACGUCUCAUUGGCGAGAGAGAAGCGGAUUUGACCCACACAUCUCUUGAAGAUUUCCCUACUUUCUUGCGUACCUUUCUCUCAAACCUCCUUCUUGCUUAGGCUUUCAACCCUUUUACCAAUUCACAUACCAAAAAAACAGCUUCAUCAUGUCUUUCAGCUCGCAUAUUGAAUUAGAGAAGUCCAUUGAUCUUAUCCUUCAACAAUUUCCUUGGAAUGAUCUCUUUGAUCUCACGGAGCCUCAAUCUUCAUCUUCGAGUACUCAAGUACAACAUCCAAACUCCCACACCUUAAAACCUCCACCUCCACAAGAAUACCCAAUACCUUCAUUAUCAGAAUGUCAACCUCUUCACUCGAGCUUUCCCAAUCAUGAAAAUGGGGAUUGUACCUCCACCGACAAUUCCUUAGAUUCUGAAUCUUGGUCAAAUUGUCUCAAGCAGAUUUUCUACGAUCAAUCCGAAACUUUCGAAAAAGACCUACAAAAUGACAAUCCUAAUGGAAGUCUUGGUAUUGAGCAGCCUUACUCUGUUCCAAAUGAGAGUGAAGCGCAAGUGGACGCUUCGUCGAUUGAUCAAUCGCAAGCUUGCUCGACGAUUACGAAACGCAAAAGGUCCGAUAGCUACUUGAGCUUGGGAGAUUCGCAAAGCUCUACAACUCUCCCGACUUGUAAGGUUUUCGAGUGCUUUCUGGAUCCAGGAUGCUCUGAAAAAUUCAGUCGUAUUGAACAUCUUGCUAGACACGAAAGGAAGCAUACCAAGGCAAAGCCCUUCAAAUGUCACUGCGGGAAAUCCUUUGGUCGUCUAGAUAACUGGAGACAACACAAGAAUUCUUUACACAAGUCUUUUGAUGUAGAAAAUGCCGAGACGGAAAAGAUUUUGGUCAAAGUUCAAAAGGAGUUGCAACGGUUAAACAAAUUACGAACGCCAACAAUCGUCAGUGUCACGAAAGAAGGGAAAGGACCUGAAGUCAAGAAAGUGAAAAGGUCCGGAGAUCAUCAAGCCAAAGGCAAACCAAAGUCACAUGGGGUUCCUUUGCCGACGCUUACAGCCAGUGGUCCGUAUCAAGAGCCACCUCAGCUCAAGGUUCCGGGUGCAGAGCUACCAUAUCUCGACGUUCAUCAUUUUGGGGAGGCUCAGCGCGGCUUUGGAAUCUCGGCGCCUACGAACUCCACCCUCCCCCUGGACUUCUUGGAAUACGUGACCGAUCUCACGAACUCCUCUUUCGACGGAGGUCCUGCGACUGUGGCCUUCACCCCUCAAGGGACUUGUUCCACUUUCAGCGACUUUUCCACAAGUCCUUUCAUAACCCCGAUAAACAUCAAUCGGGUACUUCCUUUCCAAACCGCGCCUUCGACUUCUUCUCCUCAAUUCUACAAUCCUCAACCAGGAGCCUUCUAUCCCACUUCACUCCUGGAACCCUUUCAAUUUAUCUCGACUCCAAUUCCACCUUUGUCUUUUCAGCCUAUUCUUCAGCCGUUUGUCAAUCAUGGUGCUAUGAGGAUGGCUUAUCCUACGGUCGAGAACCCAAUGACCAGAAGAGAAUUCCAUCACACUUCCAAUCCAUGUCUCUACUCCGGCUCAAAUCUUGUACCUCUUGUCUACCCUCAAUAUUUGUCCCAAAAUCACCAUCUAUAACCCACAAGUCUUGUAUAGUAGUCAAAGAUCAGUGAGCGCUAGUAAAUCUAUCUUCUUCUUGUUUAUUAUUAUUCAAAAUUUAUUACUUGCCAUUUCUUUCAUAUCAUUUUAUACAUUGAAACGUUUCACCCCAUCC